UGGCUGCGUACGGCCGGUAGUAAUUAGGAUCAGAUAUCAAACUUCUGUCUUUGCUAAGACCCUUUCCGAUAGUCGCUGCUCCCCGCUAGACGAUGACAUCAGCCAGGACACCCAGCUGCUGGUAGUAAACUCGGGCGGGAGGAGGCUCCCGCUGGCUCCACGUUAAUUAGUCCAGCACAGCACAGGGGGAGCAGUCGGUGUCUGUGCAGGGUCACUGCUGGAUGGGACCAAAUCUUACAAAGCCACUUGCUGCUCCUUGCCAGCCGGCUGUAAAAGCACCCCGAGCGUCCAGGAGAGCUGGAUGAAUCCUGAGCCACGGUUUGGUCGGCUUUUCCCUGUGGAGGAAGUUAAUGGUUUAAGUGAGGGGCGGCUGGAUCUGGUGCCCGAGUCACCAUGACUCUCCUGGGGUCUGAGCACUCCUUGCUGAUUCGGAGCAAGUUCAGAUCAGUUUUGCAGCUCCGGCUCCAGCAGAGAAGGACCCGUGAGCAGCUGGCAGACCAAGGCAUCAUGCCACCACUGAAAAGCCCAUCUGCAUUCCAUGAACAGCGAAAAAGUCUGGAGAGAGCCAAGACUGAAGAUUAUCUCAAGCACAAGAUCAGAAGCAGGCCUGAGCGGUCAGACCUGGUCAAUAUGCACAUUCUGCAAGACUCGGCUGCAGAGGGGUCCAUUCAGUCCACCCAAAUGAAGCUGAAAAGAGCCCGACUGGCAGAUGACCUCAACGAGAAGAUCGCGCUCAGGCCGGGUCCUUUGGAGCUGGUGGAGAAGAAUAUUAUUCCUGUGGACUCAGCUGUGAAAGAGGCCAUAAAAGGCACCCAGGGCGGCUUUCCCCGGCAGAGCGACGCCUUCGCCUUCGAGGAGGACAGCAGCAACGACGGGCUGUCCCCGGAGCGGCCCCGCAGCCGCGGCUCCCCGGGCCCCGCCGAGCCGCCCCCCGGCUCCAAGGCGCCCGAGCCGCCCCCCGCCGGCCCUGCCGGGGCUCCCCAGGACCGUCCCCCCAGUGCCGAUGGGCACGCCCCGGACACUGCCCCGGGGCAGGGCAGCCAGUGCGACAGCCCCAAGCAGCCGGCAGGGCAGGAGAGCCCGACGCUGCCCGUGCCCUCUGCCGUGAAGUCCAAAUCAUCCAGUGACAGCAAGAACCGUCACAAAAAGCCCAAGGACACCAAGCCCAAAGUGAAGAAGCUCAAGUACCACCAGUACAUCCCUCCAGACCAGAAAGCAGAGAAGUCCCCUCCACCCAUGGAUUCUGCAUAUGCCAGACUGCUCCAGCAGCAGCAGCUCUUCCUGCAGCUCCAGAUCCUCAGCCAGCAGCAGCAGCAGCAGCAGCAGCAGCACUUCAGCUACCCUGGGAUGCACCAAGGACAGCUAAAGCAAUCAAAUGAGCAAAUGGUCAAAAGCUCAAAUCCUUCAUCAACUUCUGGCAACAACACCCCUCUUUCUCCAGUGAAAACCACCUUUUCAGGCCAGACUUGUGUCUCAUCUAUCAAGCCAGGCCCUCUGCCCUCCAACCUGGAUGAUCUCAAAGUGUCAGAGCUGAGGCAGCAGCUCCGGAUCCGAGGCCUGCCCGUGUCGGGCACCAAGACGGCGCUGAUGGAGCGGCUGCGGCCCUUCCAGGAGUGCAGCAGCAGCACGGUGCCCAGCUUCAGUGAGAUCACCACCGUCACCUUCCCGGUCACUCCAACCAGCACCCUGUCCAGCUACCAGUCGCAGUCCUCCAGCAGCAUGUUGUCAAACGGCUUCUACCACUUUGGCAGCACCAGCUCCACCCCGCCCAUCUCGCCCGCCUCCUCUGACCUCUCUGUGAGCGGCUCUCUGCCCGACACCUUCAACGACGGGCCCAUGGCUUCCCCACAGUUCGCUCUGCAGCCGUCACCCGUUCACGGCAGCGCUGAGGAAAGCCUCAUGAGCAGCAUGAACGGAGGGAGCAUCCAGCUGGAACUGGAAGGAAUAGACACGGAGAAGGACAAGAUGCUGGUGGAGAAGCAGAAGGUCAUCAAUGAACUGACGUGGAAGCUGCAGCAGGAGCAGAGGCAGGUGGAAGAGCUGCGGAUGCAGCUCCAGAAGCGGAAGAGAAGCAACGGCCUCGAGGAGAAGCAGCAGCCUGCUCAGCAUUUCUUUGGUGUCCCCAUCAAGCAGGAGAACACCGUGUCCAGCUGUCCAUUUGCAUCCAAACAAAUGGCCCUGAAGGGCCAGGCCGGCAGCUCGGACAAGCUGAGUAACUGUGGAGUACCUCAGGUGCCCCACAUUGUGAACAGCCACUGCUUGGAGCCCGCGGGGCAGAGCACCAUCACCUCCUCGACAUUCCUGAGCCCGCAGUGCUCCCCGCAGCACUCUCCCCUGGGGGCUGCAAAGAGCCCCCAGCACAUCAGCCUGCCACCGUCCCCCAACAGCCACUACCUGCUCCCGGUGUCCCCCGAGGGCCGCAGCGGGUCCCCCCCGGGCAGCAGCUGCCUCCGCACGGCGCCGCAGAUGACGCGAAGUCAGCAGAUGGACGAGCUCCUGGACGUGCUGAUUGAGAGUGGAGAAAUUCCAGCCAAUGCCAAGGAAGAUCGGUCCUGCCUGCAGAAAGUGCCGCAGAUAAUGGUGUCACCGGGGAGCUCGGGUGGCCCUGUCCCCAAGGGCUCCGCCCCGUUCGAGCCGGUGUCCUCGGCCCCGCUGCCCUUCGAGCACUGCCCGGGCAGCAGCGACGCUCACCUGGAGGUGCUGCUCAACGCCCACAGCCCCCUGGGCAGGGUCAGCGAGAUGGCCCUGCUGAAGCUGGGGGGAGAGGAGCCCCACUUCGAGGGCAUGAUGGAGGGCUUCUCCGGCAAAGCCGCGGACGAACUGCUCAACUCCCAGGAGAUUUUACAGACUCCCCUGUCGCCCAUGGACACCCAGCUGUCCCCUUCCCCUGCCGAAAGCUCUGCUUUACAAAUGAGUUUCACCGAGUCUCCGUGGGAAACAAUGGAGUGGCUGGACCUCACCCCCCCCAGCUCGGCCACCGGCUUCAGCUCGCUCACCCCCGCGGGCCCCAGCAUCUUCAACAUCGAUUUCCUGGAUGUUGCUGACCUCAACCUGAACACCAGCAUGGACCUGCACCUGCAGCAGUGGUGAAGGGACGUGCUGGGGCAGGGUGCUGUGAGCCUGCAGCAGGCAGCACAGUGCUCCUGUCGUGCCACAGAACACACAGGGCUAAUGUGCCUCAUCCAGGGGAAACUGGAGUCAUUUUCCCAUCAUAUGGACUUGUAUGAAUUUCCAGUCACUGAAAAUUGACAGCACAACUCUGGUACUUUGGUUUUCCUCCACUGACACAACCCCACAGAGGACACCAGUGCCUGAAACAACACUUCCUUUGAUUGACAAGAACUUCCAUUUUCUUUCUUUAAUCUUUCCCCCCCAGUUUUAGCAGUCACUCUUGUGAGAACUGGAGCAGCUCAUGACAAGACUGUGUGGUGAGGUGACCUCACCUGGGUGGCAACAGGAAAUCAUGGAGAGGGAAGCCCACUGUUACCCUCUCCUCUCCUCUCCUCUCCUCUCCUCUCCUCUCCUCUCCUCUCCUCUCCUCUCCUCUCCUCUCCUCUCCUCUCCUCUCCUCUCCUCUCCUCUCCUCUCCU